UCUCCUCUCUCUCCACAAUCGCAGAAACUAUGCUCAUCCUUGCAGGAAAAUUGCUCUUAUGGAUGUUAUGUUUUAUUUUCAUACAUUCAAAUCCUACUACCACCACCUUAGCUCAACCCGAAUUCAUUUUCUAUUACUGCGAAAACGCGGCUAACUAUACUGUAAACAGUACGUACCAAAGUAAUCUCAAUAACGCCCUCCCCGCCCUCCCCACCACCAACAGGGGCCUUGGAUUCUACAAGCUCUCCCUCGGGAAAGGCAAUGAUACCGUGAACUCCGUCGCCCUUUGUCGAGGUGACGUCAACUCAGAUGCGUGUGACACUUGUGUUAAUGACUCCAUUGUUAAAUUGCCACGACUCUGCCCAAACCAAAAGGCAGCAACAGGAUACUACGACUACUGUUUCCUGUCAUACUCCAACGAGAUUAUACUGAAUAACCCACAAAUAAAGUUUUAUAUAUAUAUGGCCAAUGCCCGAAAUGCAACGGAUAUUGAUCGGUUCAAUGGUGCUUUGGCGCCACUAUUGAGGGAGCUGAGAGGUUAUGCCGCCGCUGCCGGUCCCCUUGGGAAGUUUGCCACUGGGAACACGAGUGGUCCAGAUUUCUCCACGAUCUAUGGGCUUAUGCAGUGUAUUCCAGAUCUAUCCGAACAACAGUGCAGUGAUUGCUUGGAGGAUAUAAUCAAUCGAAUUACACUAUAUUUUAAUGGGAGAGUUGGAGGAAGAAUUCUUCUUCCUAUGUGUAAUUUUAGAUACGAGAUAUAUCGGUUUUUUAACGGGAGUGGUCAGGCCAUGUCACCACCAACACCACCAAUUUUACCGCCAUCUCCGUCAAUCCCACAACCAACACCCCCACCAGGCAAAAAGAAUAUCACGACAUGGAUUGUGAUAAUAAUUAUUGCAAUUGUGACCGUCAUUGUCACUUUACUUUUUAUCGUUAUGAGAUUGAGGAAGAAGAAGCAAGCGAUGCCCCCAUUACCUCCCAUAAUUAUUCGGAGUAAUAGUACUACUAGUGUCGGAAAUGUGGACAUUAGCACCAUAGAAUCGUUACAUUACGACUUUAAUAGCGUGAAAGCAGCAACCAAUGACUUUUCCGAAGAAAAUAAGCUUGGACGAGGUGGUUUUGGAACAGUUUACAAGGGUACGUUUGAAGACGGAAACCAAAUAGCAGUAAAGAGGCUAGCAUUGGAUUCGGGACAAGGUGACUUAGAAUUUAAGAAUGAGGUUUUGCUAGUCGCAAAACUACAACAUCGUAAUUUGGUUCGUCUGCUAGGCUUUAGUGUAGAAGGAAGCGAACGACUUCUCAUUUACGAGUUCUUGCCAAAUGCAAGUCUUGAUCAAUUUAUAUUUGAUCCAACUAAACGCAUGCUUCUUGAUUGGGAAAAGCGAUAUGGUAUUAUCAAAGGCAUUGCAAAGGGACUAUUAUACCUUCAUGAAGAUUCCCGUUUAAGGAUAAUUCAUCGCGAUAUGAAGGCUAGUAAUAUUUUGUUAGAUGCGCAAAUGAAUCCCAAAAUUGCUGAUUUUGGAAUGGCAAGAUUGUUUAAAACUGAGGAAACUGAAGGAGAUACAACCCGGAUUGUUGGAACCUACGGUUAUAUGGCACCAGAAUAUGCCAUGCAUGGGCAAUUCUCGAUAAAGUCAGAUGUAUUUAGCUAUGGAAUUUUGGUAUUAGAAAUGGUAACCGGUCAAAAGAACCAAUGUUUUAAGAUCAGAGACAAAAGGGAAGAUCUUAUUAGCUUUGUAUGGAAAAGUUGGAGUAAUGGGACAACAAUAGACAUAAUAGAUCCCACAUUGAAGACAGGAUCAGGUUCAUUGCAUGACAUCAUUAGAAGUAUCCAUAUUGGGUUAUUAUGUAUUCAAGAAAAAGUUAUUGAUAGGCCAACUAUGGCUUCUGUUGCUCUUAUGCUUAAUAGCUUCUCUAUGACACUUCCCUUACCAGCAGAACCUGCUUUUUUCAUGCGAAGUAACUUUGAUCCUGAAGUGCCACUCCUACAGGAGUAUAGUUCUUUAACAGGGACCGGUGGUUUAGGAUCGUCCCAAUAUUCUGUAAAUGAGGUUUCAAUAUCUGAUUUUGUUCCAAGAUAGGUAUCUUGAAUAAACUUGCUAUGAUAUACAUUUAUUUAUGAUUUCCAUUAAGAAACAAUACAUUUAAAAUUA